AUGAAUACAUCAGGAUACUGGGAUCAAUCAAGUCACAAUAAUAUCAGUAGUAAUAAUACUUCUUUUUCUCAACAUGAAGUGCGAUCCCAGCGAGAGUUGUCACAAGAAGAAAUCCGUGAAUCACUAUUGUCAUCAUCCAUAACAGAUCAAAGUUUCCAUCAUUACCCUCAUAAUCAUAAUCAUUUGAUACAAGCUAUUGAUGAAGAAAGCAGCAGUUAUAAUGGGAAUCAGAAUCACGUUGGGGAUAAUUUAUUUGGUGUAGAGGGUGAUGAAGAAGAUGAGGAAGAUGGCGAGGCUGCAUACAUUGAAGGUGAUGUUCGAAUGAGACCUUCAGGAAUUAGUCUUGAUGAAGUUGUUUAUGAAGAAAAUGAAAAUGAUGCCGACAACAUAAUUGAAGAUCAGAGUAAUCAAUCAGCAAACCCAAGCUAUCAUAGUGAGAAUCAUCAUAAUGCUGAGCAACAACCAAGUUUAGAACAGAUUCAACGAGUUUAUUAUUCUAAAGGAUUACAAGAGUUAGAAGAAUUACAAUUAUUUGAUUUAUCGCCACUAGCUACUUGGAAGUUAAGUUCUUGGAAACAAGGGUUUGGGUUGAAACAAUUACGUGAUGAUUCUCCUGAUUCGUAUUGGCAAAGUGAUGGGAGUAACAAUGGGAACAGUGGUAACGGUGAUAACAAUUCUAAUCAACUGCAAAAUCCAAAUAACAGUAUGUUAUUAAAUCAGCUUUCAAGUCCUCACUCUAUUACUAUUCAAUUUUCUAAAAAAGUGGCUCUUGAAAGAUUAUCAAUUUUCACAAAUUAUUCGCUUGAUGAAAGUUAUACUCCAUCAAGAAUAAAAAUUAUGGCUGGGAGUUCAGAAGGUUGGGAUUUAAUUGAAGUAUGCACUGUCAAUUUUGAUCAACCUGUGGGAUGGUCACAUAUUAUAUUUAAUGGAAUUAGAGCUGAUGGUGUGUUGAAGUGUUUUUUAAUAAAGAUUAUUAUAUUGGCAAAUCAUCAGGAGGGUAAAGAUUCACAUAUUAGGGCUAUAAGAUGUUUUGGUAAAAAAUCAUCAACUUCAAAUCAAGUAAGGUAUUCUAGUGUUGCAAGCGAAAGUGACUACAACAUUCAUGAUACCAGUGAUUCCUUACAUCAUUCGGAGAUGCUUAGAGACUUGAGUUUGGCCACUACAGGCACUAGUGUUGCAGCCAUGAGCAAUUUAUCGGGGCUUCUGCUUAAUAAUAGAAUUGUUCUGGGCUUGUCAAAUAAAGAAGAAGAAAAUGAAGACCGUGGUUUAAUCGACCGUAAUCUAGAAGAGGGUAACGCCAGCAACGAUACUAAUUCCGAAGAAUCCGCAAAAAUAAUUAAAAAUGUGACAAACGUCAUUGGCUUCAAUACGGGUUUCCAAAGUUUAGAACUCAAAAGUAUAUCCUCUAUUAGAUAG